AUGUCCUCCCACUCAGAGUGCUGUGAAUUCGACAUGUCCUCGGAGGGAGUUCCGGUGCCUGAUGAGUUGUUGUCGUCAGCUAAGCUCUCCCGCUCACGACACUCUUCUUACGAUCCGGGAUUCUGCGACGGAUAUGCUGGCACACCUCAGCACAGCAUCCAUUCUCCUCACCAACAAGAGGAUGCGACCUUCUCAAACACUCCUCGCUCACCAUUCCUCCGCCUCCCGGCAGACAUCCGAAACAUCAUCUACAACUUCGCCUUUUUCGAAUCCUCAGGGAUCCAUGUAGACUUUAAUGCAGAUUCUCCGUACCCGCGGCGCACCUCAAUCAUCUCUAACCCGGACACAACGAGCAGCAUCUUCUCCCUAUCCAUAACGUGCAAGGAGAUCUACGAUGAAAGUUGCAAUCUCCCUUUCUGGCUCAACACUACCAACCUCCACGUACCAAUUCUGCAAGACCUGUGGACUCUGCGAAAUGCCACAUUCUACGCUCAGCCUAACUCAGGAAGCCCAUCAAGUACCGCCUGGCCAAUGUUGCCGCCAAGUCCAGCCUCGAGAAGACGAGUAAUCGCGCUGCCACCCGCUAGCUUAACAGUGAAGUCGCCUCUUCUCCGACAGAAAGCUCAGGAAUAUGUGACGCUGGCAAUGAGAUUGCCGCACUUGGAUGAUAUCGUAUCCAGACUAAAUUACACGAUUUGUGAGCCAACCAGAAUCGGAAGACUGAACAGAGUCCACAUCCACCUUGGAAGUCAGACCAAUAAUGUUUUUAUCGAGAGGUUCUUCACGGCCUGGUCGGCGGUUCUACCGAGCUUAUUUGCUCUAGAGGCCGCCGUGAGGGACUUGCGGGUGUCAUUUGCAUUGAGGGUCUCGAGGAGAAUGGUGGUCGACUAUGAAUUUAGUGUCAGCAACGGAGGCGUCAAAUGUCUCGAGGAGAUUGACCGAUGUGUUGUCGUUCCUUACGCUGGAGAACUUACAAUUCCUGAACUGGGCACGAUCAACAGCAUUCGAAGCAGGAUCUGGAAAGGCUUUUUCGGCGAGGAUGAGAAGCCACCGACGAGCUUCAAG